AUGCUAGCGACUACAACUAUUUUUUUUAUAGUUUUUGUAGACUUUUUAAUCAGAGUAAUGGCAGCAAAUCUAGAAAACAGUAACAAGUCAGUAGUACGGGUUCCUGAUGUAGGAAGACAAGAAUAUUUUAUACCAAAGAAACGAUAUAAACCAGCUUUGAUAGAUCCAAUGACGUACUCGAUAUUAGCAGACCAUGUGCUUCACCUUAUGCCUCAUCAAAGAACCGUUCUACUAAUAAUGAAUAUAUAUCAGAUGAAAACAAUUAAUCCAGCACAUCCAUCGAACGAUCCUGAUGCUCCGUCAGAUGUUAUUAUCGUAGCAAUAAGAUUUAUUAUGGAAGAUCUCUUCCAACCAAUAGGUGGUCUUUUAGUUUAUUCCGAGGAAGAUCAAAGCCAAACCAUUGCAGAUUGUAUAAAAGCUUACAUUAGGGAUCUUUGGAGAUUGGGAGUGUAUGUUAUUGGCUCUAUUUCGCCACCAUUUCCACUUUUUAAAGAAGUAUUUCAACGGUUUCAUCCGGAAAAAAAUUUCGACGAAGUUCCCGGACCAAUUUUAUACUCUGUUUUGCCAUUUAAAAACAUCGUCCACAUAUAUGAUGUACAAUAUCUCGUACUUAAAUUGCAGCUGCUGCUUAGGCAAGGAGACAUCCGAUUUGAGACCAUGUUCGGACGUCAAAGAGAGUAUUUGGUGAAAUGGAGCGAUCUGUUUUUCGUUAUUAAUGCACAUCCUCAGUUUAAAGUGUUAGCAACGUUUUUUGCUAAUAAUUUAGAAGUUCCCAAGAGGGUUCAUGUAUUUAAUGAUGACAUAUAUAAAAUGUAUGUUCAUUUAGAAAAUAACGGAUUUCUGUCGGGAUAUUCCGCUGGAGCAAGGGUAUUCAUACACACAGUGAGUGCCCUUAUGCAAUAUUUUGACUAUGACUAUGUGCAUGUUAGAAAAACAGUUUAUAACUGGGAUGACUUAAUGUACACGUUAAGUAAAAUGAAAUUUCAAAGGAUAGAUGUUCCAUACAUGCAAAAUCCAUCGAUUCUUAAGACUAAAAAGAGAAAAAAGAAAAAAUCCCGUAGAGCAGAUAAAUCUAAACUAGAAGACAAUAGAACUAAAGUAAUGGAUUCAAAAAAUAAGCAAACUAUUUCAGAGGCUUUAUCUUCUACAAAAGAUAGUGUUGUAAAUGAAAAACAAAGUGUAAAAAAAAGUUUGAAAGGAAACAAAAAAGCGAAAGCUAUUUCAAAAAUGAACUUAAAAUCUAAGGAACUACGAAAUGAGCAGUUAUAUAAUGUUAAAGACAAUGUAGGUAAUUCAGAAAAUAUUAUAACUGCUGUGAUAGAAAAAACAAAUAAAAUUGCACAAUUAAAUUUACACGUAAAGGAUGGAAGAAUAGAAAAUGUACCAACGUCAAAUAAUAAUUCAGUAAAUUCAGAAGAUAAUUUCGUGUCUUCAUUGGUUUCAGAAAUUUUCCUAACUAUAACGGAAGGGCAGAUGAAAAUUUUACCAACAAAUGCAAAAAUAAAUUUAGAUGCGCAAGAACAAACAAUGAAUGGAACAUUUAAAAAACCAUCAGAAAGUCCAAAAAUAUCUCCAGAAUUUCCAGAUAAAAAAACAGAAACACAAAUAGAAAAACAGUCAAAAAGUUUAAAGAUCUCUAAAGGGAUUUCGAAACAAAAUAAGGAAGGAGAAUUAGAAACAAAAGCAGGCAGAUCAGAAUCAUCUGCAGAAAUUCCAGAAGCGGUAAUGGAAGAACAAUUAGAAAAACGACAAAAAAUUACAAACAUAUCAUCAGGACUUCUACAACAAACGACUGAAAAACAUUUAGAAAAACAAUCAAAACUUGCCAAAACAUCUCCGGGACAUCAAGAAAAAAGCACUGAAGGACAAUUAGGAAAACGAACAAAAAGUCAAGAACAAUUAGAGAACCGACAAAAACUUCCAAAAAUAUCCUCAGGACUUCCACAACAAACGGCUGAAAAACAGUUAGAAAAACAACCAAAAAUUGCCAAACCAUAUCCGAGACAUCAAGAAAAAAUCACUGAAGGACAAUUAGAAAAACGAAUAAAAAGUCCAAAAAUAGACCCAGAGGUACCAGAACAACAAAGUAAAGGAAAAUUAGACAAGGAACCAGAAUUUCUAAAGCCACCGCCAGGAUUUACAGCAAAAAGGAAGGAACAACAAUUAGAAAAACAAUUAAAAAAUCCAAAAACAUCCAUAGAAUAUAACGGGGAGGGACAAUUAGAGAAAUUGUCAGAUGUUUCAAAACAACCUUCAAGAUUUACAAAUAGAAUUGAAGGGCAAUUAGAAAAACGACCAAAAGGUCCAAGAACACCUCCAGGGUCACCACCUCCGUCACCAGAUUCUGGGGACCGUGGGGGUUACAUAGAAAGAACAAGAGAAUUAGUACUUCAACACAUCCCUGUCUCACGAAAACGAGCGACUCCUGUAUCUCCAACGAGUGAUUCUUUACCGUCAACAAGUGCACAAGUACAAACAUCUGGUUUAAAGAAAUCUGCGAAAAAGUUAGAUACUGUGGCGAUACAAGAAACUAAAAAUACUUGUGAAGUAUCUGAUUUAAAAAACACAAUAAGUAUAAAACAAAUUACUGAAAAAUUAAGAAUGAACCAAGUUAGUAUACGCGAAGAAUUAGGGAAGCCAGAGCAAGAAAUUUCUAUUACUAGCACCACUACAGGAGCAACAUAUAAAACAUUCGUCCAAAACGAUGGUCCUAUUCCUGAUAAUGGAUUUGAAAAAAAUGUAGUUACAAGUGAAUUGAUCUGUAGCAUGAGAGGUAUUAUGGUUUUGACCGAAUCAGCCAAAAGCAGGAAACUUCAAUCGAUGAGAUCGGAUGCGAUCAUAGUGGAACCAAUAGAUUUAUUCAUGGCUAAGAUACAAUCCCAGUUCAAUGGUAUUAAAAAUGUUUACUAUUAUGGUACCUCGUACCGUCUUCUAGAACCAGAUACGUCGUUUUCUUGUUUGGAAAAUGAUAGUGGAUUGUAUUUAAUUAAAAGAGGCUAAGAAGUAUAUAUAUAUAUAUAUAUAUAUAUAUAUAUAUAUAUAUAUAUAUAUAUAUAUAUAUAUAUAUAUAUAUAUUAUGUUUGUAAAACAAAAUAAGACUAUGUACAGCAAGUAUUUAAUAAAUUAUUAUUUAUUGUUUUAUCUU